AAUACUGUAGUAGGGAUAAAAGCAGUAGAACACUUAGAUUAAAGUUCGAGAACAUUUACAAAACCGAAGCUGCACACGACUGUAGUACAUUUUCCGUUAACUAAGUUUUAUUUGUAAAAUCGUCCAAAUCAACUUUAAAAAUGCCUUUCGUCGCAAUUGAACACCCAAAAUGCGUAAAAUGCACUAAAUCAGUAUAUGCCGCCGAAGAGCGAAUUGCUGGAGGCUAUAAAUGGCAUAAAAUGUGCUUCAAAUGCGAAUUAUGUGGCAAGUUUUUGGACUCCACAAACUGCGCAGAGCACGACAAAGAGCUGUACUGUAAAAACUGUCACGGAAGAAAAUACGGACCAAAAGGAUACGGUUUUGGUGGUGGUGCUGGAUGCCUGAGUACAGACAAUGGUGAACAUCUCAGCAACGUGUCUUAUUAUCAUACUAAACCUCAAGGUGCCACGGAAUCACGAAAUAUGGCUAUGGCUCCUGAAGGUGAAGGAUGUCCACGCUGCGGAGGAUUUGUAUAUAUGGCUGAGCAAAUGUUAGCAAAAGGAAGAUCUUGGCAUCGAGAGUGUUUCAAGUGUGCUACUUGCACGAAACGUUUGGAUUCAGUCAAUUGUUGUGAAGGUUCUGAUAAGAAUAUUUAUUGCAAAGUAUGUUAUGGCAAGAAAUUUGGACCUAAGGGUUAUGGCUAUGGACAAGGAGCUGGAGCCCUUCAAAGCGAUCCUGCUUAUAAUGGAGAUGUUAGUACUUCUCGAGCUCCUGUUAUUGAUACAACUUCUAUAAAGGCAAAGCCAGGAGAAGGGUGUCCACGUUGCGGAGGUGUGGUGUUUGCUGCUGAACAAGUGCUUGCUAAAGGAAGUGAAUGGCAUAGAAAAUGUUUCAAAUGUAAGGAUUGCAAUAAAACAUUGGAUUCAAUAAUUGCUUGUGACGGACCUGAUCAUGAUGUGUAUUGUAAAACUUGCUAUGGUAAAAAGUGGGGUCCGCAUGGAUAUGGAUUUGCUUGCGGCUCAGGAUUUCUUCAGACAGAUGGCUUGACAGAUGAGCAAAUUGCGGGAUCCCGACCAUUUUAUAAUCCAGAUACCACAUCUAUUAAAGCAGAAAAAGGAGAGGGUUGUCCAAGAUGUGGUGGAAAAGUAUUUGCCGCUGAACAACAAUUGGCUAAAGGAGCAAUGUGGCAUAAAAUUUGCUUUAACUGCGCUACUUGCCACCGGCCAUUAGACUCUACAUUGGCUUGUGAUGGACCGGACAAAGAAGUUUACUGCCGAUCAUGCUAUGGAAAAUACUUUGGACCCAAAGGAUUUGGAUAUGGACACUCUCCAACUUUGGUCUCUACCAAAGGAGAAUCUACAAUGUUGUUCUCGGAAGCAAGACCAACAUCUGGAAUUAAGAGCAGAAAUGGAAAUGGUUGUUUGAGGUGUGGAUAUGAAGUUUAUGCCGCUGAGCAAAUGAUAAGUAAAAAUAAGCUAUGGCACAAACGAUGCUUUACUUGCGCUGAUUGCAGCAAGUCAUUAGAUUCAACAAGUUUGAAUGAUGGUCCUGAUGGCGAAAUUCAUUGCAGACCUUGUUAUGCUAAGAACUUUGGGCCAAAAGGUUGUGGCUUCGGUUUGGGCGCUGGUGUUCUUUCUAUGGCAUAAAUGAUUACUGUGAAAUUAAUGCAAAUCAAAGGCGAAAGAAUAUAACUUUUAAACAAACUUUAUUUGAACGUUUGUUUCAUGCUUUUUUCUUGUAAUAUCUACCUAAAAUACACUAAUUAUUUUAAUAAACAUUAAAAAACUUAUAAUUUA